AUGGCAAGAAUCAGUCGGGGACGUCAAAAGAUAGAGAUAAAGAAAAUGACGAAUGAAAGCAAUCUCCAUGUCACCUUUUCAAAGCGCAGAUUAGGCAUUUUUAAGAAAGCUAGCGAACUUUGCACCCUCUGUGAUGUAGAUGUGGCUGUCCUCAUUUUCUCACCAGGGAAAAAAGUGUUUUCAUUUGGCCACAAAUCUGUUGACUCUGUAAUUCAACGUUUUGUCAAUGGAGCACCUCCCAUAUCCUCAGGUCCCACAGAGCUCAUACAAGCUUAUCGUGAGACUACUAUUCGUGACCUCAACACACAGCUCAUGGAGGUGCUCGAUCAACUCGAGAUGGAGAAGAAGAUAGGGCAGCAACUUAGCAAAAUGAGGAAGGCUAGCCAGGCAGAGGUCUGGUGGCAGAAGCCGGUGAGCGAAAUGAACAAAGAUCAGCUGGAACAAUUGAAGCUUGCCUUGGAGGAGCUUCAAAAAAAUGUGGCACAACAAUCUCAAACAACUCUUUAUAAAAACCUAAACAAUGCUGCUGAGUCUUUUGCAUCAAAUUUUGGAGCUAGUCAUGUCAUGCUUCCUACUGCGGGUACGAGCGGGGUUAAUGACUCGGCUGUUGAUGCGUUCAAUUUUGAUUCAAAUGUGAUGCCUUCUCAUGCUGCAAUGCCUCCAACAUAUGAUUUUGGAUCUGGAAGAAUUGGGUUUUACUAG